AUGUCGAGAGCAAGGGAAAUACAAGAGAAGCUGAACCUGCAGGCCAAGCUUCAGGAGUCUUUCGCAAAUACAACAGGGAAAGUUUUAGGCUGGCUAGAUGCAGAUAUUCGUGGGGAGGGCAUGGAGGCUAAUAAUAUGAAUGCCAGUAAAGCCGCAUUUUUUCAGCUUCCUGUGAUGCAAACGGGUUCUGGUCUCAACCUUAGUCAUAAUAUAACUGAACCUGAGGAUCAUGGAGAUAUCCACACGAUUGGUGAAUUUAUAAAGAGUGACAAGAAAGUAAAUUCAUUGUCGAAGAAAAAACAACGCUCACAGCCCAAAACUCAAGUAAACAGCAUAUAUCGCAUAUCGAAGGAGGACACCAAAGCCAUGGUUUCGCUAAAAAGAAAGAUGAGAAAAGUUCAAAAAGAAGAUGGCAUGCAGCAGCUACGGCCGACUACCGAGCAGGAUCAUUCCAGUAAUAGCAAUGCAAAAUACUCAAGUGAGAGCGAUGAUGAGCCUCAGGUUGAAAAGGCAACUAAAAAGAAGUUUGGAUUACUAUUCAGUGCCAAGAAAAAACAGCGAAAGUAG